AUAAAGUACUCUCAUUAAGAAGAGAGAACUACCUGCUUCUUCUAUCUUUUAUUACUUUUUCAAGUUUGAUUUGCAUUUCAUAAUAAAUCUUUCUGUAUAAAUUACAAGAAUAAUACGCGGUCGCUCCUAAGGUAAGAUUUUCCGGCCAGCGGUGCAAGCCCGGUUGCUCGGUUAGUGGAAGAUUUCGUUGGGUAGAGGCUUGUUGAUCAAUAGAGCUUGGAUUAUUCUCGAUUCUAUUAUAAUUUCUUCCAUGCGGCAGUACUAUUAGGCGCGGCUACGGCAAGAAGGCAGAGCAACAGAUCGAAAUAAGCUUCUGUCUCGUUUUGUUCUUGUUUUUUUGCAGGUGUCCACCUUCUUUCAGAUACGUGGGUGCCGAAUGGGUGCCUAUUUGCAGAGCAGUAAGGCAGAUGAGUGCAUCUAAGGGCUUGGCACUGAACAAGAUAACAGCUAGCAACUGUGUUGGUACGAGUGUGGAGCGGAAGUUGGUCGGGAUUCGCGUAGGUCAGAUUUCAAUCAACAAUGGAGAUUCAAUUAGAGUGGUACUGAUGGUACGGACUCCUCCCGAACCACCGCCAUGGCUAAACAAAAUGCCAGGGUCCGUGAAAGUUAUGCUUUUAGUUGUUGUUUUUCUGCAUUUGGAUUCUUGUUAACGUCUAUGUUCUUAGGGUUGUCAUUUUGUUUAGAAGCUUUGUCUGUUUUUAUGUCAUUGUGAGUAUAUGGAUCUAUAGAACCAGGGACAACUGUGUCAAGCCCGCUACAUGGUUAGCGAUUCAUGUUGCUCUUUUAGAGUUGACCGUUUCUAAGACUCAUCGUAUGGUUUAUAGUUUUAGUUUUGGGAGGUUAGUUGGUGUCAUAUUUGAUUUUCCUUUGGUUGAUGUAACGAUCCUAAAACCAAGGAUAUGAAUAGAGGUGAGUUUCCAUUCCUAAAAAAAAGUUUCAAGUUUGUAAAGCAUAGAAACACUAAAGUAGUUGUUUAAAAGGGUAAUUAACAUAGUUUUUGGAAGAAAAAAAGAAAAACACCUUAAAAAGUGUUCUUUCCCCAAAGAUCCACCAAGUGCUUCUUUUGGCAGGUAUUUAAGCGGGAACGAUUCAUACCUGCCUUUGACAGAUGCGCGCGUUAUUCCGCCCAGACCAGAUUGCCAUUCCUCUUUCCAUUACGAAUAGCGGAAGUUGAUCAUGUCUGGGAGUCUCUGACUUCCCAGCUGGGCCCACGCCACUCCAUAGUGAACUAAACCCCUGCCUUACUCCAGAAGAGAAAACACACACUACUACUAUCAGGCAGCGUCUUUAAACAUUCAAACCUAAAGGAUCUCCCUAAAGCCGCCAUGGAAGUUGCACAAUCUCAAUCCGCCGUGUUUGGGUUCCUGUUUUCUCACCACUUUAGUUUGAGUUCCUUAGGAGGCGGCCCUCUCAUCAUCAACCCUGGGUUCCUUCACGCCGUCUCUGCUUCACUGCAUGCUGGUUUGUUGCUCUUUCUUUUUAUAUAUUGGUUGUUAAUGAAGGUGAAACAAGACACUGCUAUUAGUAGACAGAAAAUACAGUGGAAUGAAGACGAUAACACUGCCGACCUUGUGAGAAAACAGAAUCCCAGGUACUUGAAAAUAGCCGUUUUCUGUUGUUUGGGUCUCUCGCUUUUGAAUUUUGUUCUCGCUUUCCUUUGUCAGUUUUAUUGGUAUACAAAUGGUUGGUCUGAUGAAAAAAUUAUAACCCUGCUGGAUGCCUCAACAAAAACUGUUUCUUGGUUUGUAAUCUUCUUUUUCUUGUCCACUCAAUUGAGUUCAGGUGAGAUUAUUGAGUGCCCUGUUUUUUUAAGAGUCUGGUGGGGUUUUUUCUUCACCUUCUCUUGUUAUUGCCUAGCCGUAGACAUUCUUUAUUGUAAAAAGACUGGAACUUUACCGGCCCAGUUUUGGAUUUCUGACGUAGUAUCAUCGGUGUUGGGUUUAUUCUUCUGUUUGGUGUGUUUUUUCGGUGGAAUUGAAGGCGGAGAUGAGCUUCUUAGGCAACCCCUGUUAAAUGGUAGGGAUAAAAAUGUUUCUCCCUUUGCCGAAGCCAAUUUUUUUAGCAAACUAACCUUCUCUUGGAUGGGUCCUCUAAUUUCUAUUGGCAAAAAGAAAAUAUUGGACCUUAAGGAUGUUCCUCAGCUUUCUGGUUUGGAUAGCGUUAGAGGGGUUUAUCCAAUCUUCCAAGAUAGGGUCGUAGAAACUGUUCGUGAUGGGAAUAACAGUAAUAAAUUAACUACAUUGAUGCUUGUUAAAGCUUUACUUCUCACAGCAUGGAAGGAUAUUCUCUUGUCUGCCUGCUAUGGAGUUUGUCACACACUGGCUUCAUAUGUUGGACCUUACCUCAUUGACACAUUCGUUCGGUUUCUCAAUGGAAAUCGAGAGUCCAAGGGAAAAUAUGGUCUCUUUUUGGUUUCUGUAUUCCUAGUUGCAAAGAUUGUCGAGUGCUUAUCGCUCAGGCAUUUUCUGUUUAAGGUGCAGCAGGCCGGCUAUAGGGCACAUGCCGCACUGGUUGCCAAAAUCUAUGAUAAAGCCUUGACCCUUUCAUGUCAUUCAAAGCAGACACACACUAGUGGAGAGAUAACCAAUUUUAUGACUGUAGAUGCUGAGAGGGUUGGUAACUUUGGUUCGUACAUGCAUGACCCGUGGAUAGUGCUCAUACAGGUCGGUCUUGCACUUGCGAUCCUCUACAAGAAUCUCGGGCUUGCUUCCAUCGCAGCUUUAAUUGCCACUGUAUUAGUGAUGUUUGCAAACAUCCCCCUGGGGAAAUUGCAAGAAAAAUUCCAAGACGAACUUAUGAAAGCCAAGGAUUCUAGAAUGCAGGCAAUGUCCGAACUAUUAAGAAACAUGAGAAUCCUCAAACUUCAAGCAUGGGAGAUGAAAUUUUUGUCCAAAAUCUUGGACCUCAGAAAUAUUGAGUCUGGAUGGCUGAAAAGAUAUGUUUACACUUCAUCUAUGUCUACAUUUGUCUUUUGGAUAGCUCCUACGCUUGUGUCUGUAGCUACCUUUGUGGUUGCAAUGCUUAUGAGGAUUCCACUUGAAUCAGGAAGGGUACUCUCUGCACUUGCCACAUUUAGGAUACUACAGGAGGCAAUAUACGUUCUUCCAGAUGCAAUUUCAAAUAUUGUUCAGACUAAAGUUUCCCUUGAUCGAAUCGCAUCGUUUCUUUCACUUGAUGACCUCAAAAGAGAUGCCACAGAGAAGCUCCCAAGAGGUAGUUCUGAUAUAUCAAUUGAGAUUGUUGAAGGAAAUUUCAGCUGGAGUGAAUCCCGCUUUCCGACUUCAUUUCUUAUGAACAUUAAUCUUCGGGUUCAUAAUGGCAUGAGAGUUGCUGUUUGUGGUACUGUCGGUUCAGGAAAGUCAAGUUUGUUAACUUGCAUUUUGGGAGAAAUGCCCAAAUUAUCAGGAAGUGUUAAGAUAUGCGGGACAAAGGCCUAUGUAUCUCAGUCACCGUGGAUACAGAGUGGAAACAUUGAAGAAAAUAUACUGUUUGGUAAGAAGAUGGAGAGAGAAAAGUAUGAAAGAGUUGUUGAGGCAUGUUGCUUAAAAAAAGAUUUGGAAGUUCUUUCCUUUGGUGAUCAAACUGUCAUAGGUGAGAGGGGUAUCAACUUGAGUGGUGGGCAGAAGCAAAGAGUGCAGAUUGCACGUGCUUUGUACCAAGAUGCUGACAUUUAUCUUUUUGAUGAUCCAUUCAGUGCCGUGGAUGCUCAUACUGGAACUCAUCUGUUCAAUGAGUGCAUAAUGAGGCUGCUGAAGUCAAAGACUGUAGUAUAUGUUACACAUCAAGUAGAGUUCUUGCCUGCUGCGGAUUUGAUCUUGGUUAUGAAAGAUGGAAAAAUUACACAGGCUGGAAAGUACAAUGACAUCCUCAAUAUGGGUAGUGAGUUUAUGGAACUAGUGAGUGCCCACAAUGAAGCUUUAUCUUCCAUAGAUGUCUAUGAGGGAAGUAAGGCAGUAUUGGGUACAGCAAAUAGUAGCUUGGUUAGUAUUAAGCAGACAAAAAUUCAGAAUGCCGAAUCCGAGGGUGGGGAAAAUGGUGUGCGUGGUAAUGGUGUGGAACCAAAAGGCCAACUCGUCCAGGAGGAAGAAAGAGAGAAAGGUAAUGUGAGUUUACUAGUUUAUUGGAGAUACAUCACUACUGCAUAUGGAGGCGCCCUAGUGCCCUUCGUAUUGUUGGCACAUAUACUCUUCCAGGCACUUCAAAUUGGAAGCGAUUAUUGGAUGGCAUGGGCAACUCCUGCAUCAGAAAGGGAGACUCCUCCGGUGGGAAGUCAUGCACUCAUCAUUGUGUAUGUUUCUUUAGCAAUUGGAAGUUUAUUUUGUAUCAUUGGUAGAUCAUUGUUGCUUGCGACUGCUGGGUACAAGACGGCAACACAGCUAUUCAAUAAAAUGCAUUUGUGUAUUAUUCGUGCCCCAAUGUCUUUCUUUGAUGCCACACCAUGUGGGCGUAUUCUAAAUAGAGCAUCCACGGACCAAAGCGCAGUUGAUCUUGAUAUUCCGUUUCAUGUUGGAUCUUUUGCCUUUACUAUGAUUCAGCUUGUUAGUAUCAUUGGUGUUAUGUCUCAAGUUGCAUGGCAGGUGCUCAUUGUUUUUAUUGGGGUGAUUUUAAUGUCCAUCCAUUUAGAGCAACGUUACAUACCUUCAGCAAGAGAACUGGAACGGUUAGUUGGAGUUUGCAAGGCUCCAGUAAUACAACACUUUGCUGAAACCCUCUCAGGAUCAACUACUAUUAGAAGUUUUGAGCAGGAAACCCGAUUUCGUGAUUUCAGUAUGAAGCUGAUCGAUGGAUAUAAUCGCCCAAAGUUUUACAGUGCCGGUGCUAUGGAGUGGCUUUGCUUUCGUUUGGAUAUGCUGUCUUUGGUCACUUUUACCUUUUCACUGGUCAUCUUGAUCUCUGUUCCAGUUGGAACUAUUGAUGCUAGCACUGCUGGCUUAGCUGUGACAUAUGGGCUUAAUCUCAACAUGUUGCAAGCUGGGGUUAUAAGGAAUCUUUGCAAUAUGGAGAAUAAAAUUAUUUCAGUUGAGAGAAUACUUCAAUACAACACGAUACCUUGUGAGCCUCCUCUUAUCGUUGAAUCCAACAGACCAGACCCUGGUUGGCCCUCAACUGGAGAGGUUGAUAUCAGAAAUCUUCAGGUUCGAUAUGCUCCACACAUGCCUCUUGUUUUACGAGGCAUCACAUGUACUUUGUUUGGAGGUAAGAAGACUGGUGUAGUUGGUAGGACAGGGAGUGGUAAAUCAACUCUAAUACAGACCAUCUUCCGUAUUCUUGAACCUGCUUCUGGAGAAAUAGCAAUAGAUGGUGUCAAUUUAUCCUCAAUUGGACUGCAUGAUUUGCGGUCGAGGUUAAGCAUUAUUCCACAAGAUCCUAUCAUGUUUGAGGGCACUAUCCGUAGCAAUCUGGAUCCACUUGAUGAGUACCCUGAUGAACAAAUUUGGGAGGCUCUUGAUAAGUGUCAACUGGGAGAUGAAGUAAGAAAAAAGAAAAGAAAACUUGAUUCUGCAGUUACUGAAAAUGGAGAGAAUUGGAGCAUGGGUCAGAGGCAGCUCGUUUGUCUUGGCCGUGUGCUACUGAAGAAAAGCAGCAAAAUUUUGGUACUUGAUGAGGCAACUGCAUCAGUCGACACUGUAACAGAUAAUCUGAUACAAAAGACUAUCAAGGAACACUUUUCCCACUCCACCGUUGUAACUAUUGCACAUAGGAUAACAUCUGUGCUGGACAGCAACAUGGUCCUGCUAUUAGAUCAUGGUCUGAUUGCGGAAUAUGACACACCUAAGAAUUUGCUUGAAUUCAAAUCAUCAUUGUUUGCCAAGCUUGUAGCAGAAUAUAGCACACGAUCAGGUUGUAGUUUGGAGAAUUUACCUUAAGUCUGCAUGCUAUAAGGUGUUCUAUUAACUUUUGGUGUCACUGGGGAACAACAAAACUAGUUUGUUAACUGCAUCACGAGUUAAACUUGUAUCUGUGCUAGAUUUUAAGCGUGGUUGGUUAUGUUCUUGAGAGAGAGUGUAUAGUUCUUCCCCAGUUCAUUCAGUUACAUUUUUAGACUUGAAGCCUUUUAGAAACUAAUUCAUUUCAGAGCUUCAAAAUGAAUAUUGAAACUAAGAUGAUUAACACCCAGUACUUGCCUUAUAUCCUUUGAGCUCCAAAUUCCUAGAGUCAACAUCUCCAAUGCAUGCGAACGUAUGUAUAUAUCAGCAUAGUAUUUCAUCCGUGCGGUACGGUACUCGGUGGAAAAUUGUGUCAUAUGUAGUAUAGAUUUUGAAUAGUUUUUAUUUAUUUAUUUAUUUUGAAUAGUUAUAUAUAUGCAUAUAUCUCACUAAUAAAUAAAGUGAAGAAAAUACAUUUUUUUUUAAGAAAAGAAAAUACAUGUGUUCUGUUACAUUAAAGAUGAAAUGUUGUGGCACAGUGGCACUGAAUAUUAAGCAGCAUAUAUGUAAAUAAUGAUAAGAUUAUCCGAAUUGCGGUAUCUAAAAAUUAGGCCUAAUGCAAAUGCCUUUUUAUAUACGAUAUACUACUUACGAUUUACGAAGCACUCCGUAUGUAAGUUAAAACUCUCAGUUUUUAGGAACAUUCAAGCCAUUGUUGAUACAUUUUCUAUCAUUAUUGAUUAAUAAAAUCUUAUUUCAAUAAGAGAAAACUGUCAAAUAGGUCCUCGAACUUUCAUAAAAAUGUCAAAUAAGUCCGUAUAUAGGAGGCUCUGUCUGGCCGUCAUGAUAUGGGGCGGUUUCCGGUGGAUUUUUUUAAUGAAGUUUUUUGAGCAUCUUAUUCUUCAAGUCUAGUUUACUCAUACCAAAUUUCAGCUAAAAGGAACGCAUUCAAAUUAAUUCUUAAAGAUAAUUGUGCAGUUAAAUGCGCAGUUAUCUUCAAGAAUUAAUUUGAAUGCGUUCCCGAUUGAAGUUUUAGCUGAAAUUUGGUAUUAGUAAACUUAUUUGACUUUUUUUAUGAAAGUUCGAGGACCUAUUUGACACUUUUCCCUAAUCCAUUUCGAUGCUACUUUCAUUGUAGUUGUCAUUUGCAUUGAUAAGCAUAAUACAUGGGUAAAUAUUAAUAAUCGGUGAUAAAUUUUUUCUACCUAAAUAGUUACUGUUUCAUUCAGAGGAGAAAUGCAUGCCUUAAAGUCACUAACGCCAAGAAUCCUAUUGACCACGAAAAUAGACUUUUUAAAAUUUUGCACUUCGAACUUUCCAUGAUUGUGUUUGGAGUAGUUUUAUUUGUAAGAGCAUUCAUGUAGUAAUCCAUACCAACCGUUUUUACAGUUUCAACUCUCCCUUAUGUGAUAAUUCUUAAGAAAUCCCUACUUGAUACAAUUAAAAGCUAAAUAUGUAGUGAAAGGAAACUAAUAGCUUAUCAGAUGACUUCAUGUGAACAUAAUAUUCCCAUAAACCCAUUCGUGUGAAAAAAUGCAGGUAUAUGACUUGGUAUAUGUUUAGCAGUUUAGAUAAUACUCUGAUUUGUAUAAAAAGUGUUUUAGGUUUUGCUGCUAAAGCCAUUUGGCCAAGCAGUGUGUGUAAUUCAAAACAGACACUUUAGGUCUUAAUGAUUCUCAACUACUCGCCUUUAAAACUGGUUGUUCUACUUCGCCUCACUAUCUAGCAGGGACGGAACUAUGCAUAUGUAUAGGGAGGCCAUUGCCCCUCCCAACAUUUUUAUUUUUUUAAUUAUUGACUUGUAAUUUAAUUUUUUGCCCCCCCCCCCCAAAUUUGUAUUUCCUCUAGUAGUAUAGUAGUUCAAAAUAUGUUUAUAGUUAUACUCCGUACUACAUUUAUAAUUUUUCAAUACUUCAUUAAAAUAUCACAUGUAUAAAAACAUUAUACGUAGUAUAUUCUAGAAGUAGUCAUUUUGGAAAAUAUUAAUCUAUAACAACACUAUAUUUUGAAGAAGUGAUUAUUACCCCAUAAAUAAUACUCGGUACUCCGUAUGUAAAAAUAUAUUAUUAAUAAUAUAUUAUGGAGUAGUAUUGGAGAUAUCCGUCUUAAAGUAUCUAAUAUAAAAGAAUUAUAAGAAAAAAUUGGGUACUUUAAAUUGACAGCAGGGUUGGGUACUAAUUUAAUAAACUUUAAGAGGAGUAUAUUAUGUAAUAGCAUUUUGCCUCCCCUACCCUCACCUCCUGGCUCCGCCCCUGCUAUCUAGGGAGAUUUUUUCAUGCAUAAGACUGACUUUAGCCCUCAAAAAGUUCCACUUCUAACUUUUUAGACUCCUAAUACCUCCCCACUAUAAGUAGUCUUAUUCUCACAUAAGAAACUACAUCAGAAUGUUAAUACUUUAUUCAGAUAGUUUGGAGAUAGGAAAAAAAAUGAAGGGUGAUUGAAAAGAAAAGGCAAGUAGCCAUUUCAUAUUUUUUAAAUUUUCUUGAAAUUGGAGAGUUUGGGGAUCAGAGAAAAAUAAACUUGUUUUUUUACUCUUAAACCCUAACAAAGUAAAAUAGUAAGAACAAUCACUGUUAUUUUCCCACCCAAACAUGGUAUAAACGGCCAAAAGAAUAAGAAUUUCUAUGCAAUUACAAUUUUGGUUGGAUAAGAUAUGCUUGGGCAUGCAUUUAGAACUUGCUUUCCUUUUGAGGACCUGCUUACACUCAUAGUCCCGUUGUAAGGUCAGUAAUAUGCAUCUUUAAAGAAGCUCUAAGUGAGCUGGGCAUACCUAUGGGAAAUUCAAGUGCUUCCACAUUUUGUAAUUUUGAUUGCUUUUCAAACUAUUCUUAAAUAUAGCAUUUUCAGUGCGAGCUUCGAUUUGCUUGGCCUUAAAGUGGAUGUUUUUUGUGGAUUCUCGGGAGUAGAUGAGGAAUGGUUUUUUCAGUUGUUGAAUGCUUCUUCCCAGUAGAUCUAGAAAAAUCAUUUGCCAACCACUGGAUUUUGUUUUUGGUUUUUGAUGACAUUCCUCUCUCUGACUUAGUCUCAUUACUGCUUGCUGUGGAUAUUGACUGAUGGCUUUUCCUUCAAUGUGUCCCAAUGAAAGGGAGACUUGGAUGAUCAUUCGGCAGCCCAGAGAAUAGCCUCCAGUCAGGGGUAUCUGCAAUAGCUGAGGUAGUUUCAUCAGAUAGAAUUGAAAUGUGUGAUAAGCUGAAAGAUGAUAUGGAGAUCAUCUUCUUUGAGUGUGGGAUCUCUGAGACAACAGAUCGUUGAUCAGAAAAGAUUCUCAGAUCAUUCCUGUCCAUAACUUCUGUGCAUGCCAAUCUUCUGUGACGAGUUCCACUAUUAUUUUGCAUGAUGACAUGGAGAUCAUCUUCUUCAUCUGGCAGCCAGUGAGGCGUGAACGGAAAGCCACCAUUUCUUGAAGUUCUCUUCUGCUCAACAAGCUUAUAAGCAAACAUCUGAAAUGGUAUUUCACAUACAGAAGGAAAAGAUUCUGUGAUGCCAUCCAUGGCAGCAAACUUAUUAGAGUAGCCAGCUUCAAUGUCACAAUAAUCAACAAGAGGAGGACAGCCAAGGUGACCAUGCUCAGGAUUCAUAACAAAGACCUUCUUCAUAUAUUUUAAAAUUCUGCAAAUGGAAGAAAAACCAGGGGUGCGUUGGGGCUGGUUUGCCAGCAUUUCCUAAUCAAGUUCAUGAGGUAUUUAGGGAAAGGGUUUGGGAAGAGUGGCCUCUCCCCAGCCAUCAAACUGUGUACCAUUUUAUCUCCUUGAAGAGGCCGCACUAUCUCCCCACUGCCUAACCCAUCCUCAAAUGGAGCUUUCCCUGUCAGAAUCUGGAAACACAGCAUGCCAAAGCUGUACACAUCACUUUUCCGAGUAUUUCAUGUUGCCUUUGCUGCUGUUCCUUAGCUCAGCCACAACUUUUGGUGCAUACCAAACCACCAGAUCAAACUUACCCUCGGGCAGCUUCUGUGAGUAUACUGACUUUUCAGAAGGGAUAAACCAAAGCCAGCUAGUUUUACAUGUAAGUAAUAACUCUCCAAAGACGAGGAGGCGGAGUCGGUUGUUGGUCUGAGAAGAAUAUUUGAUGGAUUCAACUCACCAUGGAAAAUGCUUCUUGAAUGUAAGUACUCCAUCCCUCUUGCAACAUGAAGCAUAAUGUCAACUGCAACCAUGAUAGAAAAGGACAUUCUCCUCCUUUGCCCGGAAUUCUCCAUGAAAAUGUCCAAACUCUUGCUCAUUAUGUCCCAUCACAAGAAACCCCUCUUUCCCCAUACAAGAAUAAACAUUUAAAACAUAAUUUCCUUUCAAUCAUCUCAGCAUAUAAGAUGCAGUCUUGAUACCAUUUUUAUUCUAAUGGAA